CUUGGGUUCAUCUUCAUUUUUCUCCUCGAUUCGAUAGACGUUUACACGCUGUUUGUUUAUUCCAGACUCUGCUGUUGUAUUUUUUCAUUUCAUUUUGAUAUUUUAUAAACAAUGCAAAGUGCCUCGGACGUGAUUUCGUCAUUAUUUUGGUUUAAAGAUGACGCUGAAAAGGAAGAUCAAGAACCACAAAUAAUCGAGCAGUUCGUGCAAAAUGUUGAAGAUUUCAGCUCACAAUACGGAAGCGAAAUAAGUGUUUCUUACACUGCUUUUAAUCUCAGAGGUCCGCCAUCCAACUUUCCAGACUACGGAGAUUACCCUCAAGCUUUUGUCAUGAGAACUUAUGGAACCUGGUGGGAUGAAGCUCCAUCGGCUCAAAGCGACUAUGUGCCUCAAAAUAGUGGCCCCAUUGCAAGCCAAGAUUAUGUUGAAGUGUCGUUCGAACGCACGGUAUAUCCUAUGGAGGUUUCUGUAUUUGAAACCUACAACCCUGGUGCAUUGGUGCGGAUAUGGGCGCGUGGACCGAGUGCCUGGAUGCUGCUGUGGGAGGGAGAGCCAGAGUUUGUGGGAGACACACCGAGGAUAUUCAGCCCACCUAUAAGACAGAUUAAUGUGCCUACGAGAAUCUUAAGACUGGAAUUCAAUCAUAGACUGUUGCCGUAUUACACGGAAUUAGACGCUGUGCUCCUCAAAGGGAAAGAAUCCUCUAAUCUAGUCCGCAUAAAGAAUAAUUUUUCAUACUCUUCCCUUUUUUACAAGAAGACACAGCCGGCUGUGGAAAAAGGUCAACUACUCAACAAGAUAAUGGCUUCCAAUCUCCAUGAGGCAGUCAUGACUGUCGCUCUCAAGAACAAAGAGAUCGACACGGGUCCACCUCUAGGUGACUUCGAAAGAUUACCUGACGAGACAAUACUGUGCGUUAUGAAAUAUUUGGACAUGCAGUCCCUUUGUCGAUGUGCCCAAAUCAACCGUCACUUCAACAGGCUCGCCUCGGACGCAAUACUUUAUCGAAAGUUGGAUCUCAGACCGUAUUGGCACUGUAUAGGAUCACAGGUUUUAAUGACGUUAUCUAUGCGGUGCAAGUUCCUCAAGAAACUAGAUCUCUCGUGGUGUGGUAGUCAUAAUAUGAUACAGAGUCAUUACAUUGUCAAUUUUCUCAGAGACAGUGGAGCUCAGUUAACACAUUUAAGGAUGAACUGUUGUAAAUUUGUAGACGACUAUGUGCUAAGAGCGGUCGUAGAAACAUGUACUCAAUUGCAAGAACUGUGUCUCCGUUCAGUGACCGGUUGUAGGGAUUGGAUGUGCUUGGCUGCACUAACGAAGUUGACUCGCCUAGAUGUAUACAGAACUGAUAUAAAUACAUCGGCGGCAGUUGCAAUAGUUAGAUCUAAUCCUGGGCUGGAGCAUCUUAACGUUGGUUCAUGUAAGAUGAUAUCGGCUAUGGACGAGGUAGCUAUGGAGUUGGGCUCCAAUUGUCCCGGCCUCAUUUCCGUGGACUUUUGGAAGUCGUAUUCGUUGACGGCAAACGGUAUAAGAGCUUUGUCGCGCUGUCAAAUGCUUCAAGAACUCGAUGUGGGGUGGUGCUUACAAGCGGCCGCAUCCGGGGAAUGGAUGGCUUGGUUAGCAGGCGGGGAGCUGAGGAAGCUGUUCUUGGGAGCCCUAAGGGGCGUCUGCGAUAGAGAUCUGAGAUCUUUGGUUCCUCGAGCGCCGAGACUAGCACAACUAGAUCUGUUGGGAGUACGAGCCGUCACACCUGAUAUUUGUGACGCGAUCUUAGCGGAGUGCCUAGAGCUGAGACUGCUGGACGUGAGCUUCUGCGACCAGAUACACGAGUCUCAGGUCAUGUUAUGGCGUGAGCAAUAUCCACACGUAAGUAUAAAACGCUCAUUCCAAUCCGCCAAUUUGAACACAGCACCUAGCCCGUUGUUCCUCGCGCCGAGCCUGGAAUGAGAAGAAUGCCUUAAAACACAAUAGUUACUAACUAACAUCCUUAUAGAAUAUUAUAAUACAAACAGCUGUUGUACUUAAAGUGCGACAUUAUUAUUCGUUAACUUAUUUUAUGUUGGUCUCUCAAGAAAGAGAUUGAAAAAUGGUGAUAUUGAAUAGAAACUUUUUAAGCCUGAUAUUGUCAAUUUAACUAUCUUGCUAAUUAGAUAAUUGGCGUAUGUUAUUCUCAGAAUGCUUUAUUUUAAAAUGAUAUUCAAAUAUAAAAAAUAUCUUGCACGAUGUAAAAUUUCACACUGAACAGUAAUAUAUCUCUAAAAGUCUAGAGUAGAAAAUACUAUAAUAGUUUUAAUUUGAAGCUAAUCUUAAACUUGGAAUAAUGAAAUGAAUUGUAAAGUCAACGCCUUAAAAUCUCUGAGAUAAUAAUUUUGUUCGGUGUUUUGACUGUGACAAAUAAAAAACAGUUCAUGGGACCAGAUCUGUAAAUGUAAGUUGCCAGGCUAUAAAAUAUAUGUAUGAGUAAAUUGAAAGACAGUCAAUAUAAUUUGCAUAAUAAAUGUAGUUUCAUUCAUACAUAUAUAAGAUACUAUGUCUAGUGAUAUGAAUAGGUUCUAAGGUUCGAUUUCAGAUGUGAAAUAUGCUUUAAUUUUUAUGAAUAAUAAAGAUUCACUAUGCGAAAGACUGAUUAAUGCUAAUUUCAAAGACAAAAUUUACUAAAGCUGGAGCAUUUUUUAUGAAAUACAACAGAAUUACCAUUCAAAACUCUAGUUGACAAAAAUGCAGCUGUUUAUUCUUUUGUAAACUGUAAGCUUAUUUUUACGUAUAAUAUAUCUCUUUCUUUUGUUUAGAAUAGAAAAGAGAUAGAUUGUUAGGCAACAUAUUUAGGGAAAGAUACUCAACUUCUAUAUUACAAUGAGCCUAAAGUUUGCAGCUAACAAGUUCUUUCCAUCUUACAUGUAUUAAGUAAGUACAUCAUUUUAUAGCAUUGCUUGCAUGAGCAAAAAGAGAGGUAUCUCUCUUUUUGCAAAGGAGAGCAACCAUUUUGGUACUGAUUUUGUUAGGCAUUAAAAAGUAAGUAAAAUAAGACAAAAUGUAGAUUUUUUAGCUAGUGGUGAAACUCAAAAAAUAGUAUAAACAUUAAUUUAUACAUAUUUGUUUAAGGAUGGGCUUAUCUAUGUAUCUAAUGCCAUCUAGGGGCGGCAGUCGUGGUCCCGUCACUACCUCUAGCUCAGUUUUGCCUUCCAUAGAGAUUCCUCCCCAGACUGUCCAUGAUCCUCCACCAUAACUCACUUUCUCGUCAAUACAGCAUUGCGCGAAACGCUCGUUCUGUCUUCGGUACACCUUACUCCUUCCGUCAUUACCGUAUAGCAUUAUCUUGGACUCAUCUGUGAAGAGAACCUGGCUCCAUUGAUGUCGAGUCCAAUUUAGAUGUUCGCGCGCAAACUCUAGACGGGCUAUUCGGUGUGCUCGUGUCAAUUUGGGUCCAUUGGCUGGCCUUCAUUGAGUCGCCUUCUAACGGUCCGAGCACUUACAGCCAUUCCGUGAAAGUCCCUGAGCUGUUCUUGUAACUGAACAGAGUUAAGGCGUCGAUUUCGUAAGCUACUAGUGACAAUGUUUUGAUCUUGUCUCGCCGUUGUCACUCGGUAACGAGGUCCCCCGGUUCGCCGAACGAAGCCGCCAGUCUCCAGGUAUCGGUAGUACACGCUUUGAACAGCGGAACGACUUAUGUGAAGUUGUGAACUCACAUCUCGCUGACUUAGCCCAGAUUGAAGAACAGCUUGCGCGGCUACUUCAGGUGAAGUAUCCAUAAUUUCAUAGCCAAAAACGGUUCAAAUUAUAGAAAAAUAAAUAAACUAAACUUUGGUUUACAACAAUUGCGAAAAUUCAAACCAAAUCGACAUUAAAUUGCUUCAAAACAACUUUCAACAGUCAUUAUUUUUUUCAAAUCAGUGACCAAGCUCGGCUUUUGUUCUUUAUUUUAAAUUCUAAAAUUCAAAGGACAUUGUUCUGCGUCCAUACAUAGUUAGCCUAAGAACCAACAAUCAUGAAAUAUUAUUUUCUAGGUUCGAAAUCGCAAGUAAAUGACUGUAAAAACAAAGAUUAUUGACGGACACUUCUGAGAACUUAAAUUAUUAGGAAAACUAAAAUAUUUUUGAGGUUAUGUUUAAUAUUUAAUGAAACAUAGGUCAUUCAAUAAAAGUACAUACUAUGAACUUAGUAUGAAGUGAAUUAAUAUUACAACUAAUUCAUUUUAUUCGGUGCGAUUUUAAAGAAUAACUAUUAGGAAAAACUUGGUUAGGAAUCAUGAAUAAAAUAAAAACAAUAGUUAUGCUUCUUAUUAUUUAUUGACUAUUUUUCACAUAAUUGUAUCAUAUUGUAUUUAUUUGUUUAACACAUGUAUAUUGUGUAAAUAUGCAGCGUGAAUGUGUAUCAGGUGCUCUUGAAUAAUUUGGCAGUAUGAUCCUCUCAGGAUGUUGUGGCACAGGUUCACUAGCACUUGGUAAUAAGAUCUCUGCACUUUGGUAACAUCGAUGGCAUGUUAGAUAGCCGAAAUAGAAAUAGUUAAAUUAAAGGAAAAACAAUAGCAAAUAAACACACAUAACAGGUAAUCCGAACGAGAAUUUUCCGUAUAUAAAAGUACCUACUCUUUGACGAGAUUGCACGAAUGCCACAGAUUACUACGAAUGCAAACUGCCUGCACCACAACCACAGAGUAUCGAGUUUAUGCCGGCCCUUCACUUGAGAACAGUUUGUCCUUGUCAUGCUUAAUAAGGAAUGAAAAGGACAGACAUGUCAUGUUUUUAAAUAGCAAAUACGAAUAGCCAAGUGAAGUGCCGGCAUUAGGAAGAAAGUGUUUUUUGUUUGCAGUGCUGUCAUAGAUUAUACACUUAAAAUGGUAUUUAUUGUCUCAGAUUAUUUAUUAACUUUUUAAUUUAGCUUACUUAACUGGAAGUGUCCGUCACAAUCUAAAUACUGAUAAUUAUCACAAAAAAUAUACUAAGAAUUAUCAUCAUAAAUGCCAAAUUGGUGUUGGUUCUUAGGCCAAUUUUAACAUUGUCCUUUGUAAUAAUACAUACGGGAAAGACGAUGAAAUAUGCUAGCAUUAAAAAUGCAUAAAAAAAAUUUUAUUCAAUUAUUGUAUAUAUAUUUUUUGUGUAUUGGGCUUUUAGGCCCGGGAAUGUAAGGUGACUCGAUUCAAGAGUCCGGGAGUGUAUUAUUUAAAUACGACUGCUCAAGAUUAAAAAAGUUUUAUUUUACUAUGAGCGCAUUAUUUAAGCAUGAUGACUUUUUUAUAUGUUGUUCUUUAGACGUUAACAAAUAUAUACACAUAAAAAUUAAACUGCUAAAAAGAUGCGCUCAUGUCUGAAAAAAAAAAUGAUAAUGCAAGAAAAGGUACAAUUUUCCAACAAAAAGUCAUUUUGACUUCAGUUUGUUGAUUUAGUUUGUGAGUAAUUAAAAUAACGUAAUUAUUUGGACUUUUUAUUUAUUUUAGUAUAAAGUUAGUGUCCUGUAUUUUACAAAUAUAUAUAUAUAUAAAAACAUUUUUGGUCAAAUUGGGGUCAAUUUCCUUAGCUUAUCAAUACCCCUCCUUUAUCGGCGUAUGUGUCCUGCACCAGUGAUGUAUUUAAAGGCAUUUGUAAAACUAUCAGCUAUUAAUUUGACAGUUUGUCAGUCAAUUACACCGUCUGACAAUUUUUAUUGUGAUCAAUGUUACGAGAAUUUCAAUGAACGUAUGAUUUCUAAAUUUUGUGAUCAUAUCUUUGAAUGAUGAUGUGGCCCGGAAAUUUGCUAAACUGUUUUAAUUAGCAAUUUUUUUUGUCCAGGAUGUAACUCUGCAUCUUUAAAAACAACAGGCAAAUUAAUAUGUAUUUAAUGGGUAAAAGAAUCAAAAGGUAAAGCUAGAUUAUUUUCGUCACUCACUCCUUUUAUUAAUUUCAAGUAAAUCAAAUUUUCAAAGACAAUAACUUUUUGAACCUACCCCACCCAUUAUUAGUAAUUUUGACAAACAAAACAGAGAGGUUAAAAAAAAGAGAAAUUUAUUACAAAAUAUACUAUUCCAAUUAUUUACUCUCAUUUUUUCUUAUAUAAUCUUAUCUCAAAUAAAAAUAUGAUGUAUUUAGCAAACUUCGCAUUUUGCAUGUGAUCAGUACACCUGUCUUAAGGCGCCAUAUUAACUUUCGUUCUUCAUUUGACAUGUCCACUUCAAAAUAGAUUUAUUAUUCUUAAAACUUUGUGUGUAUACGAAUUGUUUAUUAGUGAUUAUAAUUUAAUUACUUUCUGAAUAUUGGAUACCGCCAAAUAUCAGCCAAUAUUUUAUUUUGAGCUUUGGAAGAGCGUACUGAAUUAACGUCAAUUUAAAUUAAAGAAGAGCCUUCGAAUAUAAGACAUUUUAUAAUGUAAGUAUUUUCAGACUUGGUUUUUGUAUGUAAAAUGAUAUUAUUUUUUCAUAAUCAAAAUCAUUUAUUCAGUCAAGGCUGUUACAAGCACUUAUGAAUGUCUAGAAGCUAUGUCAUCGGUUCGUAAAUCUACGGUGGUUACUAUCAAUUGUUCACCUGCAUUUUGAUUGCUGUGUCAACCAGUAUAAAUACAAAUACUUAGUGUUUUUUUUAUAUUAGGUGGAACUAGACAUUAACAUCUUUAAUAUCAAAGUAGUUAGGGCAGACUCAUCGCCGUUGGCAGCACCCGUUCACGAGCAUGACGCAUGAACCAACCAUCGCUUCCCUCGACCAUGUUUUAGGGAACGUAACGACCUACCUCACAUUACACCAUCGGAGAGACUAUUAAGAGAGCAUGACUAAAAAAUAUUAAGGUAAUUAUUCUGUAUGACACUGCAAACACUUAGAAAAGCCAAAGCAAAGCAGAAAUCACGUCGUUUUUUCAUUCAAAUUUUCUUAAAUAGAUAGAUGAUGAAUCAACUUUGAAUACAGCUUUUAAAUUCAAUAAAGUAUCGUCAACACAUGAUUUAUAAUAUAUAUAUUAUAUAGAAAUACUCGUUGGAAUGGUUGGAACAGUUCAAACUUUUGUCUGUGAUAUAAUCAGACACUUUUUAAUAAGCUUUCUUAACAAGUGACUUUUUAUUGGUCGAUUUAAAUUGAGCCAGGCUUAACUCUUGAAUAUUGCUUUAAUUUAUUGCUUUUAUUUUUUGACAAAUACUAAGUUUUCAUAAAUGUAUUGUGAUGCAACCGUCAUUAUGCCUAUUUCUUUAAACUAAUUUAUUAAGGAUUUCUUAACUUUAAGAUUAUAAAUUGAUCGAAUAGCCCUCUUCUGCAACAAAAUAUAGUUUGAAUGUCGGCGGCAUUUUCCCACAGUGAAAUAUCGUAAGACAUUACACUAUGAAAAUAACUAAAGUAGACUAAUCAGGCAGUUUCUAUAUUUGUUAACUGCCAUUUUUUCAUUACAACAUAUGCUGCUGAACUAAGUCUCUUCGACAAUCUAUCAAUAUGUGGGCCCCAUUGCAGCUUUGAAUCUACUGUGAUUCCUAAGAACACUGUGGCAUCUACAAGGCUCAUAUUUCGAUUCUUUAUAUUUACAUUAGUUUUUACCUGUUUGAUAUUAGGUAACACAAAUUUCACUUAGUUUUCCCUUUUAACAGUAAAUAAUUAACAUUGAACCAGUGGACUACCUUAGAAAUAAAUUUCGUUUUGUGGCUAAAGCGUUAUUGCGAUGCUGGGGCCUAAUUGCGAAUCUUUCGCUUUGUUUUCGCCGUUCAAUAAGUUGUAUCAAAUAGACACGCAUUAGUUCUGAAGGGGAUCGACAUAAAAUUUUCUCUCUGGUUAGUAAUUUAUGUAUCUCAAUUUAGAAUUAAAAAAAAAGUGAUGUAAAUAAACAAAGAAUUAUAAUAAAGCAUGGCAUUAUUCUCUUUAAAAUAGUACCUAGCUUUACUUAACUUAUUGUUAAUUAAUAAUAUUAAUGUGAUGAAAGUUGACAUCAAUACAUGUUGUCAGUUUUUGAUGUCAUCUUUCAAUUGACGACAUUGUAUGAAACAAAACAGGGAGAAAAAUGUAGCCCUUUCUGAGUUUCUUGCCGGUUCCUCUCGGAACAAGGUCUCCCGCCGUAGAUUUACGAACCGAUGGCGUAGCGUUUGACUUUCACAAGAGCUUGUAACAGCCUAGACUAAAUAAAUGAGUUUGAGUUUUUAAAAUAACUUCCAAGAUGACUAUUUCCGUAUGUUUAAAAAAAAGUUUUGUUUUGUAAUAUACAUUUUGUAAUAUAAAUAAUUUACUUAAAUAUCAUUGCUUUUUUGAUUUCUUCAUUGGGAUAAGUGCAAUCGUUUAAUUCUCCGUCUGAUAUUAAUGUGAUUCAAAAAUUUACAUUGUAAUAGUUUUUGGUGGAUAUUGUUAAAACUUGCUUCUAAUAAAUACCUUACAAAUGCAAAACGUGUGUGUUUUUCUUAUAUGUUCAUAGUUUUACG